UUUCAUCCUCAAAUGAUUAAAUUACUUUUUGACAACGACAAAACAAUUUCUACCAAAUUUCAAACUGAACGGGCAAUGACACGUGAUUUCUUUGCUUUAGUACCGGAUAUUUUUAAAGACAAUUUAAUUAUUCUUGAGAGCCUUGAGAUACGUACUGGUGGACAUUUUGAGCAACAGACACACGAUGCUUUAUUUUAUCUAUUUUUAAAUGUUGGAAUUCCCUAUGUUUUUCUCCGUCAUCCUAUGCAUGAUACUGUGUACAAAUUAAUUAUGAAUGUAACAUAUUGAAACUUCAACCGAUUUUCAUCUUAUG